GUUUGGCUUAUUUGUGAUCGAUUGCGGAUACCUCUACUGCUAAAACUUUUAUACAACCUGCUUCAAUUGACAUGCAACCCGAACCGGUUAUCUCUGCCGAUCUUCUACUCCCGACUCCGGCUAUCUUUCCGGUUCGGGCACAUUUGUUACCGACACUCUUACACUGCCGACUCGACAUCUGGCUGUCUUCACUUGCUCUAAUUCUGUGUCAUGCUUCUUGAUUUCUGAUUCUACCGGCUUGGCAAACCCCGUCCUGCGACUCGGCUAUAUCCACGUUCUAUACUCCAUGCGAACGUUCUACACACUAUACCCACGUUCUACACGCCUUCGUCGCCUUGCUUUCUCGCCUGCCUGUACGGUGUCUUUGGACUUGAUGCCUCGUGAAAAUACACGCACCGACAAUGAUGAUGAUUUUGCUUGCCUAAUCGACUUGCUUCCCGUCCGGCGCUCUGCAUGUUCCAUCUUUUCGGCUCCGCGAUACUUCACCCCACUAACUACUGCUACGUAUUUUCUACCUCAUUCAUUGAUUUCUGACUUUGCGCUCUCACGAAUGUCACUGCAGAACUGGAGCAUGUACACAUUGCAAACGUCUGAAGGUACGUUAUCGAUCUUGUUACACUUCCAUUCCGUGUAUUAUGGUGUUAUGAUUGAUUGCUUACCAAAUUCUUCGUCUCCUAUCUAUCAUGAAUUGAUCCUUACAAUCAACGACACGAUUUAUGUCGUCACAUCUCCGGCCUACCUUUGCUCCGAACAUGCCUUGGUGUCUCGCCUGCCUCGACGGAAACUCGUGCCCUCACUUUCGGACCUCCUUAUGGACCACCGCUUCUCCUUUCUGGGGCUGUUACGCGUCCUUCACAUGGCAUCAUUGUUGCUGCCACAACUGAAAUUUGUUUAACCUCCGGUGAUGGCUCGUAAUUCUCCAUACCUGCGGACUUCCAUCCACAUCUUCUGAUAUUACAAAUGUUCGCUGCUCGGUCCCUGUCCUCCACUCGGCACGACGCGAAUGUAUGAAUAUACCCCGCAAAUUUGUGCGCCGUGUUGCCGGCGCCUGAAUCCUUUGAUUAUCGGAAUCUGAUCUCCCGAAAUGGACCAUACUCCUGAUGUCAUGUGAUUGCGACUGACUUCAUUUGAAUGAUCCGCACAUAUUCAUUCGAUCUGUUACAUCGGUUUGUAUU